UCCAGUGCUUUGGUUUAACCGCUUGUGUAUGUGUGCGUGUAUGUGGCGAAGGCGCCACGUCGGCAGAACCAGCAGGGUGAAAAGAGAGCUGCGUACCUCUCCCUGUGGCUGUGUGUGAGAAGUUAAAGAGCAGCUCAUUAAUGCGACAAAGGCGUGAAAAGCGUCAAGAAAAGGUCGGUAGCAGUUAGAGCAGAAAGUUUGGGUCGCACAUACACAGAAAGUCUUUAGUUUGGUUCGCACACUGAAGCAGAAGCUGCUUCUGUCUCAAGUUUCUCCGCCAGGUGUGUUUGUGGGAGAAGCACUGGGAACAAUGGUGAAGGAUGUAAACAGCGUUAACGUGGAGCCCCAGCCUGGGACCAGCGUGGUCUCGGAUGAAGCUGAACCCGCCAACAGCCAGUCUGCACAGGACUCUGGUAAGGACCACGUGGCGCCACCCCCUGGUAUGAUGUGGCGGGUGACUGGAGGCCUCUUCAACGUCACCAAGGGAGUCGUGGGCGCGGCGGUGGGCGGGGUGGCCUGGGUGGGCGGCAAGAGCCUGGAGAUCACCAAGUCGGCUGUGACGACAGUGCCGUCAGUGGGGGUGGGGCUGGUGAAGGGCGGGGUGUCCGCUGUAGCUGGCGGCGUCUCCACAGUGGGCUCGACGGUCGCCAGCAAAGUCCCGUUCACAGCCAAGAGGAAAGACAAGGCCGAGUGAAGGGGAGGAGGGUGGUACAGAUGAUGAAGAUGAUUGAUGAUGAUGAUGAUGAUGGACUUGCCCCGCCCUGAGCCAACAGAGAGAGAGAGCCUGUCAGCUGGUCUCUGUCUGCCAAUCAUAAUCCACAGUGCCUUCUGAUGCCUUUCUGAGUCUUGAACAUUUUAAAUGUUGUCACCAUACUGAGACUGACUUUGAUGCAGAUACUACAUUCAGUACCGAAAAUUCAGUAGUACUACAAUACCAUAACAAUCCAGAUUUACAAGAUACUUCACUGAGACACUUCAUGCAGUUCCUCAGCUGCCAUGGAGUGGGCUUUGUCUGUCUGUCUCUAGGCAGACUGCAUGGACUGGGAGCCACAGCACGUGAUGGACGACUUGAUGAAUACUGCUAUCUGUUUACAAUCCAGACUUAUGCUAUUGCAGUCCUCUUUCUUCUUUUCACUCUUUCCAAACUACAUUUAUUUGGUGAAAUGUUUCUGAAUUAAGAUGCUGAUUUGUUUUUUUUUUAAGUCUUUUUGCAAAGGUAUUGAAGUACUAUUGAAAUUUGUGUGACAAAAACAAUGUGUGUGUUCAGAAAAAAAAAAAUGCAGGGGAUCAGCAGCACUCAUCAGUUUACAGCCUUCUCUGUGUCUGACCUUCAUUAGUGUUUUGGAAGAGCCCGGGGCGGUGUUUACCCAGAAGCCUUGGAUCCACAUCACUCCUUAAAAAUUCAUGUCUGAAGACUGUAAACACAACCACAAGUACGACACACUGAGCUCAGGCCUUUCCUACAGCUAUAUUAUUGCUGAAAUGUUUUGUUUUUGUGUAUAAUGUUCAAAUGCUGCGUCGGACCUUGACAAGUUGACUUUUUAAGAUUUAAGAAAAAAAAAUUCAGCAUUCAGCAGCAUCUUAUUCAUUGUUGGAUGUGUGAGCGCCUGAUGUUGUCUGGACCGGUCAGUCGGUGAAUGCUGUGCUGUCGUGCAGGCAACAUUUGUGAAUGUUUGUAUGUUAUAUCAACAUUUCAAUGCAACAUAUGGAGUGAGUGGGAGCUGUUGCUGAUGGGACUGUUUGGAUGUCUCGUGUGUUUUUUUUUUUUUUUUGGAUAUAUCAAUAAAAUAGUUUGGAAGGUUAAA